ACCGCCGCCGCCGCCAUGAAGCGGGCGCACCCCGAGUACAGCUCGUCGGACAGCGAGGAGCUGGACGAGGCCGUCGAGGUGGAGAAGGAGAGCGCGGACGAGAACGGGAACCUGAGCUCGGCCGCGGGCUCCAUGUCUCCCUCCACCACCUCGCAGAUCCUGGCCAGGAAGAGGCGCCGAGGGAUCAUCGAGAAGCGCCGCCGCGAUCGCAUCAACAACAGCCUGUCCGAGCUGAGGAGGCUGGUGCCCAGCGCCUUUGAGAAGCAGGUAGCGCCCAGUGACCCUCCGCACUGCAUCCCCCGUGUUGCUGGGAGGAAGGGUCGCCCCUCUUUAACGUCUCUGGGUUCAGCCAAGCUGGAAAAAGCAGAGAUUCUGCAGAUGACUGUCGAUCAUCUGAAAAUGCUGCAUACAGCAGGAGGGAAAGGUUAUUUUGAUGCUCAUGCUUUGGCUAUGGACUAUCGGAGUCUAGGGUUUCGAGAGUGCCUGGCUGAAGUUGCUCGAUACCUUAGUAUUAUAGAGGGUCUGGACGCCUCCGAUCCUCUGCGAGUUCGACUUGUGUCUCAUCUCAAUAACUACGCCUCUCAACGGGAAGCAGCAAGUAGUGCACACACUGGCAUUGGACACAUUCCUUGGGGCAGUGCCUUUGGACAUCACCCUCACAUAUCUCACCCGUUGCUGCUGGCUCAAAAUGGGCAUGGUAAUACCAGUACUACAGCAUCUUCCACAGAACCACAUCACCAGACCAGAAUUGCCGCCCCACAUGCUGAAACUUCCUCACUCAGAGUGCCCCCAAAUGGCAGCGUUGGACCGGUGCUCCCCGUGGUCACAUCUACUACCAAACUGUCUCCUCCUCUUCUCUCCUCCAUGGCAUCGCUGUCUGCGUUCCCCUUUUCGUUUGGCUCCUUCCAUCUGCUGUCCCCCAGCGUGCUGAGCCCGUCUACACCAACGCAGUCAGCAACCCUUAGCAAACCAUACAGACCCUGGGGGACUGAGAUUGGAGCCUUCUAAAAACUAACUCUUUAGUAAGGGUGGGGAAGCCUACAAACCUAGCUGAGCUGGGUUAUGCCACGCUUAAAGUUGAAGUUCUUAAUAACUGGGACAAAGGUACAGCUUCACCUUAACUAAGUUUGUCUAAAAACUGUCUCUGGAUUUUUCUUUUUGUUUUCUACAUUUUUGUAUUAGCAGGUUUUUUUUUAAAUAGUUGCUGAUGUUGUCCAAAAAUAAAAUUACAAUAGUGGUUGUUAACACUUGUGUUAGAUCUGUGCUAAGCAUUUAAAUCACUUUUGUAAACAGUUUGUUUCAAAUGUUUCAUUUUUCCUGAGUACGUCAGACUGCCUUUUUGUGAAGAGGUAUCACCAAUUAUUGUUAGCAACGGCCUAGUUUAGUUACUAAUUUUUCCAAGACCACUCUUCUCAGCGUUAACAAGCUGUGUUUUUGUUAGUGUUUUGACAUUGAGAUGUUCUAUAAAGAAUUACUCUUUUUGUAAACUAUAUUUGAGUCUUAUAUUUCUGAACAAAGCGUUGACAAAUCAGAUGGACCAGCUUGACCAGCUUUAUCUAAGAGCCCAAUUUCUAUUUCUUGUGCAGUGGUUUGGUAUAUUUGGUGGUCUUAUUCUAGUCCCUAGUGGACACUUACUCACAUCUCAGAACCGCUACGCUAUUUUGUCCACCAAAAGGAGCAGUAUGUGCUUUAGAGCAAACUCUAGAGUGGGACGGUGCAAAAGCCAAAUUACACACUGUAUUGGCGGUGGGUUUAGUUGCUGGGGAAGUGAAGGGAAAAAAAAAGCUGUCACCUGCAGUAGUCUUCUGGCCGGAGCCAGUCAUAGGCGUACUCAUUUCAUAGGGCCAGAUUCUGCUUUGAGUUACAGUGGAGUAAUUGUUCUCUUACCCUGUAUUCUUGGGUAACUGAGAUCAGACUCUUUCCCUCUGUGAGCUUCAGAUUUGCACCUGAAAGGAAUGAUGCUGGUAUUUAAAUAGCCGAUGGGAUGGUACAGUGGGAACCCGUUCAGUGCACAGCCUUGUUGCUUAACAGAUGUAUCCUAACCGGUUGAUCUUUCUAUUGCGUUUUAGGUGCAGUUCAGUGCCUCUCCUCAUUUUGUAAGGGCUCUGCUGCAUUCUUAUGUAUGUGCUUGAGAGUGUGUGCGUGUACAUGUAUAUUUUGGUUGAUUUCAUGAGAAUCUUAAUCUGAACAGGUUUAUCUAGUGAGUUCCACUGGAUGGGGUUUGACUGCUCUUGUAUUCGUAUUGUGGCUAAAUAAAGGAGAAAGAACAAAGUAUUUUAAAUGA